UCAUACUCAAACCAACACACACAACUGAGUUGAACUGACUACCAUUUCUCAGCUUCCUUCAAGCUCACUCCUCCUUCUUCCUCUGAUCAUCACCUGCUUUCUUGUUUAUCAUCUCUUACAUUGAUCCAAUGGAGCACGGAGGAAAACCCAUGAAGAUGAAAGUCAAGUUUGUCGAUGAGGACCUAGUCAUUCCAGAGGCCUCAGACGCCAUGUCUCUCCCUCUCUACAUCACCAACUCUGUCUUCUUCACCCUCUUCUUCUCCGUCGUCUACUUCUUGCUCACAAGCUGGCGCGAGAAGAUCCGUACCAACACCCCUCUUCACCUCAUUGAUCUCUCUGAGAUUGUUGCCAUCCUUGCUCUUGUUGCCUCCUUCAUCUACCUCCUCGGCUUCUUCGGCAUCAAUUCUGUUCAGUCCCUCGAUGAUGAUAUUGAAGAAGAUGAGAUUAUUCUCAAGGAGGAUGCUCUCAAAGUCCUUUGUGGUCAGGCCCUUGAUUGUUCAGUUCCCAAAAUGGCUCCAAUUGCUUCACCUAAAGUUAAAGUAUUUGAAGAACAGGCAAUGAUCGAGACUCCUCCGCCAACCGAAGAAGACGAAGAGAUUAUCACGGCUGUUGUGGCUGGAACCAUUCCUUCAUACUCUCUGGAAUCAAAGCUGGGAGAUUGCAAGAGGGCAGCUUCUAUUAGGCGUGAGGCUUUGCAGAGAGUUACAGGCAAGUCGCUUGAGGGUUUGCCUUUGGACGGAUUCGAUUACGAGUCUAUUUUGGGUCAAUGCUGUGAGAUGCCAGUUGGUUAUAUCACCAUUCCUGUUGGGAUUGCUGGGCCUCUUAUGCUUGAUGGGAGAGAGUUCUCUGUUCCCAUGGCAACAACUGAAGGUUGUUUGGUGGCUAGUACCAACCGUGGUUGCAAAGCUAUCAACUUGUCUGGUGGAGCUUCCAGUGUGCUAUUGAAGGAUGGAAUGACCAGAGCACCAGUUGUCAGAUUUAACUCUGCUAAACGAGCGGCUGAGUUGAAGUUCUUCAUGGAAGACCCUGCUAACUACGAAACUAUAUCCAUGGUUUUCAACAAGUCAAGCAGAUUUGGUCGACUUCAGACAGUUAAAUGUGCUGUUGCAGGGAAGAACCUGUACAUGAGAUUCUGCUGCAGCACCGGUGAUGCUAUGGGGAUGAACAUGGUCUCUAAAGGUGUUCAGAAUGUCCUCGACUUCCUCCAGAAUGACUUUCCUGACAUGGAUGUCAUUGGAAUUUCCGGUAACUACUGCUCUGACAAGAAGCCUGCUGCUGUGAACUGGAUUGAAGGCCGUGGCAAGUCUGUAGUUUGUGAGGCUGUGAUCAAGGGAGAGAUAGUGAGUAAGGUGUUGAAAACCAAUGUGGCCGCAUUAGUGGAGCUUAACAUGCUCAAGAACCUUACUGGAUCCGCCAUCGCUGGUGCUCUUGGUGGUUUCAAUGCACAUGCCAGUAACAUUGUUUCAGCUGUCUACCUCGCUACUGGUCAAGACCCUGCUCAGAACAUCGAGAGUUCUCAUUGUAUCACCAUGAUGGAAGCUAUCAAUGAUGGAAAGGACCUUCACAUCUCAGUGACCAUGCCUUCUAUUGAGGUUGGUACAGUAGGAGGAGGCACACAACUUGCAUCGCAAUCGGCAUGUUUGAACUUACUUGGAGUGAAGGGAGCUAACAGAGAAGCUCCGGGAUCAAAUGCAAGGCAAUUGGCUAGUGUUGUAGCUGGUUCUGUUCUUGCUGGAGAGCUAUCUCUCAUGUCUGCUAUUGCAGCUGGGCAGCUUGUCAAGAGUCACAUGAAGUACAACCGAUCAAACAAGGAUGUCACAACUGUGACUUCUGCUUGAGAGAGAAAACCUUCGGGGUUGAUAAUUUUUUUGUAUACUGAUCCUUUUGUAAAUUUCUUCAAAAAUACUCUUCUAUUUCAAUUAGCUUUUCGGCACUCACAAGAAAUAUAUUUGGUUCAUGAUUUCUUUGUUCUUA